AAUGAGUGUUUAUUCUAUUGCGACUGCAAAUAAAGUAAUGGCUUGUCUUAUUUGCGGUCAAGUCCAACCAAAAAAUUCGUUCUUGUCUCAUAUUUCGGAACAUUUAAAUUAUAAACAACACAAAUGUUUGGAGUGUGAUUUUACUUCGGUUACGCCUGAAGAGAUGGCUGACCACGAGGCAGCUAAUAAUGGACAUACAGCACAAUUUCAUGUAAAUAUAAUUAAAUACAGACUAGGACAUGGGUAA